UUCCAAAAGGCCGGCCUUUUGUUUUGGUUGAGUUUCACUUCACAAAUCACAGUGUCCACUUUCAUCUGUCGCCCGAAACAACCACCGAAAACGGCAUCGUUUUCUUCCUCAAAUGGUGAAGAGUUUACCAGGAGGAGACCAAAAUCUCCCGGCAGACGUCAGCCAAGUGAUUGAUCUGCUGGAACGCCACUGCUUGGCUCCUGAUGGCUCUCUCGUUUCCAAAUCCACCUUCUACGAUCUCCAACUUGCGAGAGAGGAAAUGUCUAGAGAGAGAUUGCGGUAUUUAGAAGCCAUGGCGAUUUACUGUGAAGCGAUUGCUAUGGUGGAGGGAUAUCAACAGGGUGUUUCGGUUGCUAAUCUUGGAGGCAUUCGUGAUGUUCAGGGACUAUACUCGCAACUUGGUUUGAAGAACUCUCCUCAGGUUUAUGAAACUCUAGAGCACAGGUUGGUUGUUGCAGAAGCAGCACAAAGGCUGAGGCUUCCACUUAUAUCAAAAGAUGGUGAAAUUCUUGAAGAAGAAAUUGAAAAGUGGAGUACAAUGUCACGUAGUUCGCUUGAUAGUACAAGCACCAGUGUCACAAUCAACUCAAGCUCUACUUCAAUGAAUUAUACCAAUAGUUUGGUGAACAGUGCCCUUAGCUCUAAUGAUGCCGAACCUGGAGUUGGUGGUGUUCCUAAUCGCUUUCUUGGCAUAACCCCUGCUUAUUUGUGGCAAUCUCAGCUCCAACAAACACCAUUGUCCGUGGAUACGACAGAAUAUCAGCUAUCUGUUUGUCGUGAGAUUGAGGCACGACUAAAAGCUAAAUGUGAUAAGUUAGCGGAUGCCUUCAUCGAUGACAUUGAUUCAUCUUCUGGUAGUCAUACAUCAAGUGCUCGUCUUCCAGAAAGGGUUAAGAUGAUAAUUGAAGAGAUUGAAAGGGAGGAAGCGGCUUUGCGUGAGGACCUCUACUCAGCAGAUAGAAAAUUUGCUGAAUAUUACAAUGUCUUAGAACAAAUACUUGGAGUGCUCAUUAAACUUGUCAAAGAUUUGAAGUUGCAACAUCAACACAAAUAUGAUGAACUUCAAAAAACUUGGCUGUGUAAACGGUGUGAGACCAUGAGUGCAAAAUUAAGGGUUCUGGAGCAUGUUCUCCUCCUUGGAACUUAUACUCAGGAAUCAAUACCAGCUCUACAUAAAAUAAGGAAAUAUCUUGUUGAGGCUACAGAAGAAGCUUCAGUUGCAUAUAAUAAAGCGGUUACACGUCUUCGUGAGUAUCAAGGUGUUGAUCCUCGCUUUGAUAAUAUUGCAAGGCAGUACCAUGACAUUGUAAAGAAACUGGAAAAUAUGCAAUGGACGAUCCACCAAGUCGAGAUGGACCUCAAACAUUUACCAGAUGCCCCAAGCAGUUAAAAUUUUGGUUUGUAUUUUCAUUUUAUUCUUUGAUGUUUAUGAUCUUUUGUAGUAAUUCAACUAAGUAACCGUUGCACGUAUACACAACAUGCUAUUCUUCCCCAACUCAGCUUGGUGCUUGUUUUGUUCAAGCCAUUUGAAAUGCAUGUAAAAAACAUAUUGGUUUUGUUGUAAACAGCUGGUUGAAGGUGUUUGUGUAAAUCACUUCUUUAUAAUCGAUUGGUUGGUUGUGACAAGAUCUGCUCCUAAACUGUCAAGAUGCGUUUUGGGUUGUAAGGCUCAAAGGCGAAAACGUGAUGGAUUAUGUAUUCAAAGCAGACAUUGUCUCUUGAUUGAUAGGUUAUAUAGAACUAGUAUAUCGAAGAUAUAUCACAUCAUGACGCAUGAUAGAAAGAUGCCUUUUAUUGAUCGAUCGAUUGGAUUUCCAAUACACACCUCUCUUGAAUGAUCGGUCAUAUAGAAUGAAUAUAUUGAAGAUAUAUCACAUUAUGAUGGAUUGAUUUUAUUUCCAAUAUAU